GCAGUGAUGAAGAUGAUGAAGGUGCUACCAUGCCCUGCUGCUCUUCUUCUCCUCGUGACUGCAUUCACUGUGGAGCCAUCUCACUGUGCCAAGGUGCUGAUCAUGCCCACCAUAGUCUUUGACAGCCAUUUGCGAGUCUUCAUGCGGGUGGCAGAGGCACUGACUGACCGAGGCCAUGACCCUGUGCUGCUGCUCCAUGAAGGUCGGGAUGUGGAGACCUCCCUGCCCGGCUUCCGCGUGCAGAGGUACUGGGGAACCUUCAGCACAGAGAACGCAGAUGCCUGGGUGCAGGAGAAGAUAAAGCGUAUCUUUCAAGGGAAGAUGACCUCCCUGGAGGUGUUUUCAUUUUUGGAGAAGUAUCUGGAAAACUGUGACCUAGUACUGGGAAAUUCUACCCUUCUGCAGAAACUCCAGCUGGAGCACUUUGAUCUGCUGUUGGUGGACCCCAAUGAGAUGUGUGGAUUUAUCCUGGCCCACAUCCUACACAUCAAAUAUGCUGUGAUUUCCACUGGCUUCUGGUUCCCAGCAGAGAUUGGUGCCACCUCCCCCAUUGCCUAUGUCCCUGAAUUCAACUCCCUGAUGACAGACAGGAUGGGCUUUUUUGGUAGGACUUGGAAUCUCCUAGUCUACAUAAUCACUCGUGUGGCUACAAAACUGGUCAUCCUGCCCAAGUUUGAACGUCUCAUGGAGAAGCAUAGUGUGGAGCCCAAGACAUCCAUGUUGGACCUUGUUCAUGGAACCAGUCUGUUCUUCCUCUGUAAUGAUGUGGUGUUGGACUUUCCCCGUCCAACCCUCCCCCAUGUCAUUUUCACAGGGGGGAUCCUGGCUGAGCCUGCAAAGCCCCUUCCAGUGGGUCUGCGUCUCUGGGUGGAAGCAGCAGAGGCAGGUGUCGUUGUUGUCUCCUUUGGCAUCGGGAUCCGAGCUCUUCCAAGCGAUUUGGUGGAGAAGAUGGCUGGUGCAUUUGCUCGCCUCCCGCAAAGGGUGGUGUGGAGAUAUUUUGGUCAGAAGCCAAGAAACCUGGGUGAGAAUACGCUGAUGAUGGGGUGGCUGCCCCAGAAUGACCUGCUAGGCCAUCCCAAUGUGAAAGCCUUUGUCAGCCACUGUGGGAUGAAUGGUAUAUUUGAGGCAAUUUAUCACGGUGUGCCAGUGGUGGGAUUUCCUUUCUAUGGGGACCAGUUUGACAUCAUGACCAGAGUGCAGGCAAAGGGCAUGGGUAUCCUCAUGGACUGGAGCAGACUAAAAGAAGAGGAUCUUUACCAGGCUGUCAUCACCGUCAUCUCUGACCCCAGCUACAGAAAAGCAGCCCAGCACAUCUCAGCCCUGCACCUGGACAGACCAAUGCAUGCUCUCAACAGGACAGUGUAUUGGCUGGAGUACGUCCUUCGGCACAAUGGGGCGCCCUUCCUUCGCCCCGCUGUCUACGACCUUUCCUUGUAUGAGUACUUCUGCCUGGACAUAUUGGCUCUUCUCUUGCUGUGUCUGGCUGCUAUUGGAUUUGCUCUCUACAAAUCUGUGCUGUGGUGCAGGAGGAAAGGGGCCAGCCCUGUGUAUCAGAAUGGCAAUUGCAUGAAAGGCCACUUCACAGAUGAGAAAAAACUGCAGUAGUGGCCGGUGUGUUCCAGGGCAUAUCCCAUCACUGUGAAAUGAACUGCUGCUGUGCCAAGAAAUGUAUGGCAUGCAGGCAUGGAGAGAGGUGAAAGAUCUGCAGGUCUGGAUGAGAAGAGAGUGGGGAGGGAGGAGUAUUGCAAAGGCCUGUGUCUACACCUCUGUGUACAGCACCUGUGGGCGGGGGGGUGAAUUCAGGCGUGGGUGGGAGCACUUGGCCAGGAUGCUGGGAAUGGGGCAUGGGUAGGUAGACUUCCAGGGAGGAGUGCAGGUUGUUCCCUUUGUAUUGCACAUUGGUUUAGAUGCUGGAGUUGCUCUUCUGGCUUUUUGGAUCAUGGAGGCUCUGGAGGCAGGAACAGCAUUUCAUAUGCAGCAGACACCAUUUCUCCUCUGCCUUGUUACUAAGAGCCUCAGUAGUCAGGAUACCUUUAUGUGCAGAUGAGAACUGAAGCAGAGCUGUGGACAAGGAAGGGCAAUGAAAGUAUCAUCUACAAGAGAGAAAAACUGGUCUAAGUUCUGUGGAUAAAUAUUGUUCUUCCAACUUCAGUCAACACUCUGCAAUCCCGUUUAUGUUUGAGCUAAAUUAUUAUUUUUUAAAAUAAACUUAUAUUCUUUCUCCUCUGUGGCAGUUCUCUGGUCUUGGUUUAAUGUGAAUCUGUGAUUCUCAUAACAGGAAGUUGUUCAAGCAAGAUGGAAGUGCUUUUUCCUUCUCAUUACUGCUGCUAUAGUCUCCACAUACCUCCAUCAGCAAUGUUUUAGCCUUUCUGCAGGCUUUCAUUCUCUUCUCUCCUCUGUCUUCAUGUGGCACACACCCAUUCCCAUAGCACCUCCAAACCUGUGAUGAAAGAAAUCUGGAACAGAUGCAAGUGCCAGGACCAGCAGCCAAUAGCUCAGAGAGCUGGUCACAGCAAAUGGGCCCUACACCACAUUUAGAGAAGCAGCAGGCUCUCCUCAUUUCAGUGUGAACAGACAAUAUCGUUGCCCUACUUGGCCCAUGGUAUGGAGUGAUACCUAAUGUGUUUUUACUCACCCUGGACUCUAAGGCAAACCUAACUGGGGUGCAGUUGCACAACCUGCCCACAGCGUUGUCCGAUGUGCCCACUGCCAGUGGCCCACACUGAGGAUCAAAGACUCUGCUCCAUGCUCCCACUGGGGCCACUGCAGUGCUCCCAGUAGUUGGAGAGUAACCUCACUGCCACAGCUGUCCUCACUGGUGGUUCUAGCCUCUGCUCUUGCUUGCUGUCCCAUGCGGGGUUUUUCCCAGACAAGAGAUGUGUUUUUACUGCAACCUGUGAAACAAUAGUUUGGCUGGGCUCCUGGGCUGCUCUAGGUUGGAAUAGUGCCUGGCUCUGACUUGGGAGGUCUUCUGAGGCCAGGCAGUGC